AUGGACGAAUAUUCGAAGGGAUGUCGAAAUCCGAUACGACCCAUUUUCUGCAAUGCGGCACUUCGUGAGCAACACCAACUACUGGAGAAGGUAAUUGGCACGUCACCAACCGAUCGCGACUCGGUGGAUGGUAGUGCAACGCAUGACGAGUUUCGAAUAUGGGCGACAAUCCUCAGCAGAUUCAACGAUUCCAGGGACAUCUUUCCGAUUACCAUCGAGUUCGAGAACUUGUUGUGGUUUGGUGUUUCGAUCCGUCCCAAUUGGCGACUGAUUAGCGCACACAAGCUGUUCCGGAAUGAAGAUGUUCCCGAAGGGGAUCCGCUGUGUGCAUCAGCGCCGCGACUCGAGAAAGAAGGACACAGCGAUCUCACUGCCGACGCAGCGAAGCGUUUAGCUUCCGCAGAGGCAAUACCGACGCGGGAGAUUAUUGAAGAUGUGCAACAACCCAAGUUCCCGUUUGUUUCCCUCGGCCAGGACCGUGACAAGAAUAGCAAGUCGAGCAUCUCAGCGAUCACUCUGUCUACGCCUGACUCGUCCGUACCUGACUGGACAGUACCGCACCCCAGAGGUGCUCUCUCGGAUCAUCUACAGUUUAUACGGGGCAUCGACUGGGCAAAUACACCAUUAGGAGCUAUGAACAGAUGGUCGAUCCAGUUCCGAGAGAUCGUCUGUUUGGUCAUGCGCAACCCUCACCCGUCUUCUGUCUUUUGGGGCGAGGACCUGACCAUGCUUUACAAUGAGGCCUAUCGAGACGACGUGACGGGCGAUAAACAUCCGGCUUUGAUGGGAACCGGUUUCUCAGGCCCCUUCGGUGAAAUGUGGCAUGCGGUUGGUCCUGUAAUUCGCGAAUGUGCUCGGACAGGCCAUGCGCAGCUAAACCACAACCAGCCGCUACCCAUCAUGCGUUACGGUUACAUGGAAGAGUCUUUCUUUACUUGGUCUUUUGUUCCGGUCUUUGGUGGAACAGAGCGGGUCUUGGGGUCGAAACUCAGUGGGCUUGAGCCAAAGAUACUGGAACUGCUGACUGAGAUGCGAACUGUAGUCUAUCUCAAUGCUUUUGAUACCACGGUUGAGUCGAUCAGCAGUAGAAGAAUGUGGUUACUGCGAUCCCUCGGGGAGCGUAUGAACGCCACACGUACUGUUAAAGAAUUCUGGAUAAGAGUGCUGGAAGGCCUGAAUCACAACGAAUACGACGUACCCUUUGCGCUUCUAUAUACCGUUACCGAGGCAGACGACAUUGAAAAUGGUUCCUCGCAUUCAGAUGCAACGCCAACGUCUGUCAAGUCAUGCGUGUUCGAAGGAUCUAUCGGCGUGCCGAGAGGGCAUGCAGUGUCUCCCGACAAAUUCAGCUUCAAGAACUACGAUGGUAUCUUGACACCUGCUUUUCGAGCAGCUACGCAGACCCUGGAGCCCAGGAUGUUGAGCAUCAAAGACCAUACGCUUCCACAGCCACUGUUAGACAUCAUCGAAUGGCGCGGUUACAAGGAUCCUUGUAGAGAGGCAAUAGUUCUACCUCUACGACCAACCAAUGCAGACAACGUGUGUGCCUUGUUACUAAUAGGCAUCAAUCCACGAAGGGCUUAUGAUCAUGAGUACAGGUCUUUCAUCGCCAUGCUCAAUAGACAGAUCGCCACGUCGUUGGCGUCAGUACUGCUUUUCGAAGGUGAAGUGCGGCAAAGCAAAGAAGUCGCGGAGAUGGCUACCCUACAAAGAGAACAGAUGUCUCGACAGCUCCAACUUCAGACCGGACGAAUGCGCCGAAUGACCGAACUAUCGCCCAUGGGCAUGUAUCUAUUCAAUCCGGAUGGACUUUUAUUGGAGGCGAACGAUAAAUACUACGAGAUGACAGGUGUCUCACCUGCAGGAACCAAACUACCUUGGACUAUUGAGAUGAUGGUGGGUGAGAGCAGGCAAGUGGCACAAGACAUGUGGAACUCAAGUCGUGAGCUACAAUUCGCCAAUUCGACAUUCCAGCCCCGAGAUAUCGACGGUUCACUAAUCGAAUAUUGGGUCCUCUCUGCUAGUCAGCCAGAGCUAAGCCCCGAUGGUGAGCUGAUCAGCAUCAUGGGCUCGCUCACGGACAUUUCGCAUUUGAAGUGGGCGCAGGGUCUGCAAGAACGAAGACUACGGGAGGCAGAAGAGGCAAAGCGUCAACAGAACGAAUUCAUCGACAUCACGUCGCACGAGAUGAGAAGUAGCGAUAUCCCCCCUAUGCUGGUUGCAUUCGAAAUGUUCCGUCCUGAAAUACAAGCCAAGAACAUCAACUUCAAGUUCGUUCCGCAUCAGAGUAUCCGGGACCUCGACAUUGACUGGGUCAUUCUUGAUCCAAGUCGACUCCUUCAAAUUAUCGUCAACCUUAUUACCAAUGCCAUCAAGUUCACUAUGGACUCACCAGUUCGCUCAAUCACAGUUCAUGCUGACAGAACUUUCAAUGUGAAGUCUCCACGGACGCAUAUGCAAUACGGCGGUAGCGGUCUCGGACUCUUCAUCUCGCGCCAACUUGCCGAGCUUCACGGCGGUCAAAUCGGUGUCUCGUCACAAGCUGGCGUCGGCAGUACUUUCGGGUUCUACUUGAAAUGCAAACGCAUGAUUGCAAAAAAGCCUACGAUCUCAACGGAUACAGUGAAGCACGCUCUAGACGCCGAACACGCGGCAUCUUCGCGCAAAAUCAGCGCCGCAGCUGCGAACCAGAACUCCACCGCGCCCGCUGCCACGCCUAAGGAAGUUGAGACCCCGGUACAAGCACAGAUUCCCCGGCCCACGGACGACAAGAAAGACGAAGAGGAAGAUGAUCGACUUCACGUUCUUGUCGUCGAAGACAAUCUCGUCAACCAAAAGGUACUCGUGAAACAGCUCACAAAAACUGGCUGUGUCACGCAUACCGCCGAUAACGGCGUCUGGGCAUUGAAACAUCUCGCGAAAACGAAAUUCUGCGUUGCUAAUGGCAUGCCACUCACCAUCAUUCUCAUGGACUGCGAGAUGCCGGAGAUGGACGGCCUCACCUGCUGCAGGAAGAUACGAGAGAUGGAGGAACGGAAAGAGAUUACGAAGCAUGUGCCAAUCAUUGCGGUCACCGCGAACAUUCGAGGGGGACAGAUGGAUGACGCAAAGGAAGCGGGUAUGGAUGAUGUUGUUGGAAAGCCGUUCAGGAUUCCGGAUCUCUUGGCCAAGAUGAAGGCCUUGUUGAAGAAGCUAGAGGACUAA